AUGCUUGUCCGUGCAGCAGCAGAUGCUGCAGUUGCUGCAAAACAACGGCAGCAGCAGCAGCAGCGAACUAGUAAAAUAAAAUUAUCCUUGCCCCUAAAGGCAGCACUGCAGCAGCAGCAGCAGCAGCAGCAACAGCAGCUAGGUGGCCGCCGCAGCCAGACCCGCGGGGUUCGUUUCUGUGAAGAAGCUGAGGACGGGAGCAGCAGCAGCAGCAGGGGGUCUCCAGGUGACCCAGCAGCAGCAGCAGAAGCAGAAGCAGCAGCAGCAGCAGCAGCACAUUAUCUAGGAGGGCAGCAGCAGCGGAGAAGGAGCAGCAGCAAACAAAAGCUACUAAAGGCAGCAAAAAGAGUAUCUGCAUUAGCAACAGCGGGCCCCACAAGACGCAGCAGAUUAUUUCUUGGAUUAACGCAUGCAGGGUUGAGCAGCAGCAGCAGCAGCAGCAGCGACAGCGACAGCAGCAGCAACAGCAGCAAGAGCAGCAAGAGUAGCCAUAGCGACAGCAGCAGCGACUCUGAUGGAUCUGUAUACGAUAUAUAUGAAUAUGAUGUAAGACAGAGGAGAAGGGACGAGGCUGCUGCUCAGCAGCAGCAGCAGCAGCAGCAGCAGCAGCAACUGCAGCAGCAGCAGCAGCAGCAACUGCAACGAGCAUCUGUAGCAAGGAAACAAAGCUCCUCUGCUGCUGCCUUCUCGUCAUCAAGCCGACUCAGCAGCAGCAGCAGAAUCAGCAGCAGACCCAGCAGCAGCAUAGGCAGCAGCAGCAGCAGUUUUAUUAGUAGGACAGGCAGCAACAGUAUAGUCCUUGGCCGGGCUCGAUUCGCUAGCCGUCAGCAGGAGAUCCUUGCUCGUCUGCAGCAGCAGCAGCAGCAGCAGCAGGAAGAGCGGCGGCAGCGGCAGCAGCUACUGCAACAGCAGCACCCGCAGCAAGAGCAGCAGGAAUUCGAGUUGGAGGAGGAGGAGGAGCAGCAGCAGCAGCAUCAAGAGCAGCAGCAGCAGCAGCAGCAGUAG